AUUCAUUGUAAAAUAAAAAUAUUACUUUAAUUUUUGCUCCAAAAAGUACCCAAAUCGUCUGUUUUAGUCAUGCAAUUUUCAAUAUGGACUACCGUUUGUCUAGCGAGUUUGAUCUUAACAUCUUCAGCUCUGAGUCACAGCAAUCGUCGGGUGCGACAGGCUCAUACCGGAACCGAACUAUUGGCAGCUGGCGCUUCCUUAAACCAAAGCGCCCAGUUAUGGGAAUCGCGCAUCUUACCCGAAGCAUAUCUCGGUCCAGCCCCGGUGUCCAUCGCCUUAAUGGGACAACUCCUGGUAAUAUGCUCCAAAACCGAUAUCUCUCUUGCUGAGCGUCCACCCGUCGGCGGAUACCGUUUUAUCCGCUAUCCAUCAUCACUACGCGCUUCCCUGGUACAGCUGGCCAACGAUGCCUGGGACGCGUUCCACGAUGCGUUCCGCACCAUGAGCUUCCUGCAAUCAGAGAUGCAGCAGCUACCCGUCCAUCUGCGUACCGUGGUGCGGGUACUCAAGACCGCUCCGCUGUCCAUCAUGUCCAAUAUGACCGGUAUUUCGCUGAAAUUAAUUCGGUCCAGCGGAGAGCAAGCGGCACUGCGAGCCCGGGGUACCGCCGACAAAUUUGGUAUGAUCAUGAAUCUAACUGGUGAGAUCUCGGAAGCGGUACAGGCCCGACGAGGCGAUUAUGAAGAGAAGCUGUGGAAUACCGAGGUGGAAUUAGUUCAGAAUCAAGUGAUGAAAAACGCAACUGACCGGCAGAUUCAAGAACUCGAGAAGAAACAGCGCGAAAUAGACGAGGAGGUGCGCCAAGCCGAUGCGGCUUACGCACAAGCCAUCAAAGACCUGCCAACGGGAUGGAAAGCACUUGGAUUGACUUUGGGUCACGCUCUAACCAGUGUAAUAGAAAAUGUAGGCUCCGUAUUGGGCCUCGCGAAUAUUUUUAAUGGAAAACCAGAUCGACCACAAAAGCCAACCGUCGCAGACAGCGGUCCCCGUCUCCCUACGAUCGAUUACAAAGAAGCCUCGCAGGUCUUGGACGUAAUGUCUUCCAUCGGGGAUUUUAUCCACACACCGGCUGCCUCCACCGUGGAAACCGCGGACGAAUUUUCUCGCAAAGCGAAAAAGCGUUUGGAGGCGUUAUCGCGCAAUAUCAUAUCGCCGCAAAGUCAGCGCAUACGCAGCCUAAUCGAACAAGCCAAAGGAGUUGUGGACCGCAUAAAUGAGGGCACAGCUUCGGGUGACGCUGUUAUGAAGAAUGAAGCUGCUGAACUGAACUCCGCUGCUCGAAAUCUCUACGCCGAAGCCGUUGGACAACAGCAGGGAGCGUUUGAUACCGGUACUGGAGCACAACCAACCGGGGACAUGAGUGGACCUUUUGCCAACGAGAAACUCAAGGUAUACCUGGCGAUGGAUAAAGCCAACAGGUUAGCCAAAACCCAGAUGGAGAUCUUCAACAGCCGACUAAGCGAGUACCGAUCGUACUACGAGAUCAUCGGACGCCUGGCGACUCUCGAUAUGAAAACAAUUCGUUUUGACGAAAUCAUCAAGAUGUUGAAAGAAGCCACACAGGUGAUGAGCCAGCUGCGCUAUCACUGGUCGUCAUUGGUGGAUUUCUUUGCUCUGAUGACCCAGCAGGUCGAUAAAGCGGUGCGACACUCCAUUAUGCCUUUAGCCGACGUAGUAGAGCUGGCGGGUGCCGUGGACGAUGCCGGUCGGGGUUACAUUGCAGAGCUGGUAGUGGAUGACGCGAAUGGGAUACUGUCACAAGCGUACUUCUUGCGGCUCAUGGCCGGAAUGUAUUUGGAUGUUCACAACCGACACAUCAAUAUGCAGCUGGCUGGGCUGUCCUCACUGGCCGCAACAGCACCGGAUCACCAGAAUGCCACGAUGCAGGCGCUGCUACAGCAGGCUAUGUCGGCGGAGACGGAUAUAAAGACGCGGCUACAGCAGCAAGUGACACAACAACAGGCUCGUAUAAGCGAUAUGGUUGCAGAAGCGCAGAGAGAGUUAGGGCAAAUUGGAACAAGUACAAUCACGGCCUAAUUGGCAUCAUUUAUUGGAUGAUCCAAUAAUAUUUCUUUUUCUCUACAGUUCUGUGAACUUUUGUGUUGAAUAUUUGUAGACUGUUUUGUAAGGUCAAGGUCAGUGGCAGUCGAAGGCACUUACAUGAGUUAUUGUUUUAAUGUCUACAACUUAUAAAAUUAUUUAACGUGAAGUAGUGGUGCACUUGUUGUUACUCUGUAGGUUGUUGUCUACUAAUGCAUGGGUCAUAACUUUGUUUUCUUUAUAUGGUUGUUAAACGAUGUUGUCAGUUCGCGCCCCAGUUAUUUGCUUAAAAAUCAAAU